AUGGCCAUCUCGCCUUCUCCGUUUGCGGCCGUGGCCUUUGAGGCUCUCUGGGCCAAAUUGAACAAUGCCGCCCCGCGCCCGCUGACGUACUUUGCCGAAAAGCUGUCGACCGACGUCAAAUCGGUGGAGCACAAAAAGUUCCCGCUGUUUGUGACGUGGAACACGGUCGAGGCCUCCGGCGAGCACGACCUGCGGGGAUGCAUCGGCACGUUUGCUCCCAUGGAGCUGGAAAAGGGCCUGUCUCGAUUCGCCAUUGAAAGCGGGCUCCACGAUACCCGGUUUGCGCCCAUUAGCAAGUCCGAGCUGCCCAGCCUGGAGUGCGAAGUCACGUUGCUCUCCAACUUCACCAAGGCCAACGAUAUCUGGGACUGGACCGUGGGAGAACACGGAAUCCGAAUUGCUUUCGACUACCGAGGCUCGGACUACGGAGCCACCUUCCUGCCCCAUGUGGCCUCGGAGUACAACUGGACCCAGAGACAGACUUUGGAGCAGCUGGUGCGAAAGGCCGGAGCUCGAGCCAAGCUGGACGAUCUCGACAUUGAGCUGACCAGGUACGACGGCAAGGUGUACUCCAUUAACUGGGAGCAGUACAAGAAUCUUUAA